AUGAUACGUGGGGCUCUGGCAUUGUCUGCUACAGUAGUAGCAUCACUUCGUCAGAACUCGGUGGCACGCAUAUGCAGCAGCUCUGUUGCGCUUGCUGGUGUUCGUCCAUUAGGACCGAAGAGUAGAGUCCCGGAUUUCUCUGUGAGCCUUGGUACAGCAGUUGUAAACGGCGAAUUCAAAACAAUCAGCGCCAAAGACUAUAAGGGCAAAUGGCUUAUCGUGUUUUUCUAUCCGCUCGAUUUCACAUUCGUUUGUCCAACCGAAAUAACUGCGUUCAGUGAUCGAGCUGACGAAUUCCGCAAACUAAACACCGAGCUGAUCGCAUGCUCAUGCGAUUCGCAUUUCUCACAUUUGGCCUGGACUCAGACUCCGCGUAGUGAAGGCGGCUUGGGCGAUAUGCAG